AUGCAUUUACAAGAUCUCUGGUCAGUUUUCGGACCAGCUUCUGAAUUGCUUGCUAAUAUCAAAGAUGAUAAUCCCUAUUCACCUCACUGCCCCAUCAGUUUACCCUUGAGUUGCCAGAAUCAUACAGGAAUAUCCGAUUCUUGCUGCUUUGAAUAUCCUGGUGGCAUCUUUCUACAGACGCAAUUCUGGGAUUACGAACCUUCAUCCGCAGAUCUUGAUGACGAUCAAUUGGAAAGGGAAUUGGGUCCCUUGAAUUCCCUUACCAUCCACGGGUUAUGGCCUGAUAACUGCGGCGGUGGCUAUCAACAGUUCUGUGACUCUAGUGCUUUGAUUAGUGAUGUGCCUAGUAUAUUAAACUCAGACCAGUUUAAUGGCGAUGAGCAUGGAUUGGAAUACAGUGGUAGCGAAUUGCUUGAAAUUAUGCAACGUUAUUGGAAAGGUUUAAGGGGCCAUGAUGAAUCGUUAUGGAUUCAUGAAUACAACAAGCAUGGUACUUGUGUCAAGACAAUUAGACCAAACUGUUACUCUCGUUGGGACAACCAGCAGAUUAAACAAAGUGAUCAAGAUUAUCAUAGACAAUCGGUCUACGAUUAUUACAGAAUCUCUUACAACCUUUACAAGAAACUAAACACUUCAGAACUUUUAGCUGAAAAAGGAAUUAUACCGAGUACUGAGAAAACAUAUUCAAGAGAGGAGAUUGAGAAUGCCUUGAGUGAUGGGUUCCAUGGUCGCCAAGUGCAAUUGGUAUGUGAUCGUAACCAAGCCAUUAACGAAGUGUGGUAUUACCAUCAAUUAAAGGGCUCAUUAUUGGGUGAGCAAUUUAUCCCUAUUGAUUCGUUUGGCAAAGGAAAUUCAUGUCCUGAAGAAGGCAUUCACUUCUUCCCCAAGGGCUACAAGGCGCCAAGUAGGGAUCCCAAGCUGAGCGGGUACGUGAAACUGAGCGGUCAGAGUGGACAUCUGAUCAAAAAUGGUCAUUGGAUGGUCAGAGGAACUCCAGCUACAUUCCAAUUGUUAGAUCAUCCAUUUGGUGACUAUUAUUUAAAAUCAAGAGGCGGAUACUGUGGAUUUAACGAUGUUGGUCAAUUACAAUGUAAUAAGGGGAGGGAAAGAGGUGCUCAAUUUGGAUACGACGAAACCCAUGGAGGCCUUUUAACCUACGGUGAUUCAUCGGAUUGGAACGCCGAGUCACUUCCAAGUGGGAUGCGUCAAUCACCUAUCUAUCAAGGCGACUCUGGUGACAUAACCUUUAAGUUAAAAUUCCAGAAACGCCACUAA